UAAAUUAAAAAAUGGAACAAAUUCAACAGGUAAAAGCAUAAUUAACGAAGGCAGGAAUGUUUGAAAUUUAUAUACAAAUAAGAUAAGACUAAAAAUGAUUUGAUGGCAGUAUCAUAAGCAUUAAAAAAAUGGCCAUAAGAAGUAUAAUAAUUUAGAUAGUAUUGUCUAAAUUCAAAGAUCUUUGUAUCAACUGAAGUACCAAAACAUGUAUAUGUCGUAACAAAGGGUGAAUUUGUUUAAGUGAAAUAUGGUAUCAUUAUUUAAACUAUUGAAUGUUAGUAAAGUCUUAAUCAAAGAAUCCAUUAUCAUAUAUAAGUAAAAUAUUUGCUUAGGAACCUCAAAUAUAGAAAUAGCUUCGUGUAAGAUAAUAAAUAAUGAUUAUCCUUAUAGACUUUCAAGGUGAUGGAUGUAAUUGGAAUGGAUGAAGUUCACAAUGAUAAUUAUACUUAUGAUGUUUUUUGUAAUUCAACAAUAGGAGAAGUAUUUUGUAUAAAGAAAUGUGUUUUUGAGAAAAUAAUCCCAAAUCAAACAAUGAAGAAGAAGAACCUUUAAAUAACGAUUGAAAAUAAACCAUGUUAAAUGAUUGAAAUUCAUUCAGCAAAAGGUGCAACACCAAUUAAUAGAUUAUAAUUGGGAGAAAUACCAAGAUAACCUGAAGAAAUUAGUACUCAUAGACAUGAAAAGAGAACUAUUGACUUUACAGCUUUUAAGUAAAUUAAACCAUAGCAUGUUGUUUAAUAACCAAUAGUAGAAGAACUAGAAGAACCUCCUUUAAAUAACAGAUUUCUUGGUGGUAAAAAUAAAAUUAAACAUUAGAUUGAUUCA